AAAUAAAAACCUGCGCACAAUUACAAAUCAACAAUGGCGGACGGUGAACGAGAUCAGAUGCUGGUGGAUUUUCAGGCCUGUACACAAAUAGAUGACCUGGAAACAUGCAUAGCUAUUUUGGAGCAGAAUGGCUGGGAAUUGGUGAAAUCUAUACAAAGUGUGAUGCCACAAACUGACUGUGAGAUGUCGUCCGCGGGAGGAGAACCUCCCCCCUACACUUUUUCUAACCACACAGACCAGUCUGCUGUGUCACCAGAAUUUCCAUCUGAGUUUCUACCCACUGCUAACUCUUUCUCCCCCCUCAUGGAUCCCGGAUCUGCCUCUGGUCCUUUCCCAGGACCCAGCUCCAGUUACAGUUCUGGACGUCUCCUCAACUUUACAGUGGAGUACCGUGGACGUAACAUCACAGUGAAUGUGUUUGAUACAGAGACUGUCGGAAAGAUCAAAGAGGUGCUAUUCACAGAUCUGGGGAUCCCUGUACAGAAACAGGACCUAAGGGGUUGGUCUUCCAAGAAGGUCGACGACAAGAAAAUAUUACGUGACCUUCAACUGCCACGGGAGAAUACAUUGUACCUAUUGACCCCUGACCUAAACAGACCGUUGACGUCAUCCACAGUGACACCGAUAUCUGACAGUUCAAAAGAAUUUGAAAAUUUCAUGCGAGACUACACACUACACAUAACCUUUUUGGAAAACAGUAGAGCAAAGGAAUACAACUUAAAGGUUCAGGGUAGUAAGACAGUGGGUGAGGUGAAGGGGGAUAUCUAUCAUCUGACCAACGUACCUGCUAGGCACCAAGUGUGGAUGGGCUGGCCUGAAGCUGCUAAAAAGGAUGAUGCAAUCACAUUAGGAGCUUGUGGCCUACAAUUACCUGUGCAUGACCUGCAACUCACAAAAGCUAAUAUAGUAGGAAAACCCCAAUACACAGUACAGGAUACAUCAGAAAUAGAUAUUAGUGAGGAUGAGGACGAAAAUAAUGACUCGUAUGCAGUAGAGGAAGAUAUCUUCGAACACGAAGAAUCUCAAAACAGUCGGAAACAGACACCACUGAUGCCAGAAACUGUCGGUGAUCAAACCGAGGCCUUAGAACACUUCACACGCGAGUUUAGGGAGAGAUAUGGCGAGACACACCCUGUAUUUUUUGUUGGGUCAUUAGAGAGCGCAAUAAAGGAGAGUCUGUUAUGUAGAGCAAAAGAUAGAAAACUACUAGCUGUGUAUCUUCACCACGACAACAGUAUAUUAUCAAAUGUAUUCUGUUCCCAAAUCCUGUGUAUGGAGACAAUAGUAAACUAUCUGUGUGGUAAUUUUAUCACAUGGGCAUGGGACGUCACACACGAAACAAAUAAUGCUAGGUUUAUAUCAAUUGCCAAAAAAGAAUUUGGGAGUAUAGUAGCCGCUCAAAUACGAGGCCAAAAGCCCGACCAGCUACCAUUGUUGAUGAUAGUCUCCAGGUCAAGAGCCAGCAACGAAGUCCUAGACAUGAUCCCAGGUACAGUGACACUAGACGAACUGAUGAUGAGACUGAUGCAGAAUGCAGAAAACUUCCAUCUCCAGCAACAGGCAGACAUCAAGGAAGAGGAGGAGCGAGAAGCACGAGAAAACAUCAGACAAGAGCAGGAAUUAGCUUUCCAGGAGUCACUGGCCACUGAUAGAGCCAAGGCUGAAGCAAAAAGACAGGAGGUUGAGAUGGAACAGAUACGGCAGAUGGAGGAGGAACGCAUGAAGAAGGAAGAGGAAGAUAGGAAACAGGCAAUACAAGAGUCAGCACUUAUGCACAUCCGAGAGGAACCCCCAGAGACAUGCAAGGAGCUGGUGAGUCGGAUACGAAUCAGGACUCCCAACGGUGACAACAUACAACGGAGAUUCUACGCCACAGAUAAACUCAAGUACCUUAUAUACUACAUCACGUCACAGGGCUUUCACACUGAGGAGUUCAAAAUUCUUACCACCUUUCCACGUAGAGAUGUAUCACAACUAGAUGAAGAAAAAACUUUAGAAGAAUUGAAAAUGUUUCCUCAAGAAACACUCAUUUUGGAAGAAAGACACUGAAAUUGGUCUAGAUAUAAGCUUUAAAUAUGGAAUCAAACUUGUCAACAACAUUUUUAUCAUGUGAUAUAAAUAUAAGAAUGGAAGCCAUAAUUCCCUUACAUUGAUUAUCAUGAUGGAUGACCUGAUGGUUUCCCUAAGGGGUCAUCUCAAAAACAGAAUAUAUCCCAAAUCAAUGGAGGCUGAGUAGGUUCUGUGGUGUGAUGGCCCUAGCAUGUGUGUUAAAGACUUGGAGAAGGAAAGCCAAGUCACUAUUACCCAAUGGAUUCCUAAGAGGAUCAUCUUACAGGAGAAAUCCCAACUACUAUUUUACUGGAGAAAUUGAUCCCAAAGAGGUGUCAUGCAUGUGGCCUUAACAAAACAUAGGUGUGGCCUGAAUCAAAAUCCAGUGAAUUCGGAACUGGUCAUCUCAAAACUAUAUGCUAGUUGAGAAAUCCUGACUGCUGUAUUCAAAUAUGAAGUCCUAUGGACUCUCGUGACAAUUUUUCUUUGAUAAAAACAGAUAUCUUAUAUACAACAUAUUGACUGAAGGUGAAUAUUACUCUGAUCUAUUAACAGUAUGGUCAAACUUAAAUUAAAACGAAUCCAUCUCACUCAAUGACACUUACAAGUGGUAUCUAUCAAUGUGAAAUACAGAUUUCCUUUAUUCAGGGAAUAAGGUCAUCAACAUUUUUAAUUUAUCUCUGUGUAAAUUGUUAAAGUUAUUUUAUUUAUAAAAGAAGAUGCCAUGAAUCAAAUUCAAAAAAAUGUCUCAUUGAAUUUUAAUAUUAAGGUGUAUUGUAUGGAGUAAGUUUGAUUAGUGUUACUGAUUGGUCAGUAUAUACAAACUAUUGAACACAUCAAAGAUCAACUGAAGAUGUGGUAUUUUAUUAUUGGAGUAAAAUAUGAUCGCUCUGGUGAUAUCA